GAGAGAGGCAGCAUCAGCUCCUCUCAUUCACCUGAGUUCAGACCGUGGGGCUCCGUUUCACUCCACAUCACUGUCAACUCCACCAAGUACCUGCGCUCACCUGCCUGGGUUCUGACUUUGUGCAGACAUGGAAGACCUGGCUACACACUGGACCAGAUGAAAUCCGUUUUCCCAGAGGCGAUAACUUUAAAUCUCAAGUCUUCUAGGAUCUGCGACCUGUCAUCACCUCUCCCAGUGAGUGUGUGUGUCUGAGCACAGCAGCACUUCUGUCACUUUGUGCUACCAGAGCUCCCUCAGCAUCCACAAAAACACCCAGGGACCACAGACUGUAAGAUUAGAGUGAAGGAUGGGGUCAUCUAUUGUCCUGCUGGCCCUGCUCCUUGUUCUGAGCUUCAGGACUUUUGUAUGGAGCCUCAACCCAGAUGACCCCAACGUCUGCAGCCACUGGGAGAGCUACGCUGUUACUGUCCAGGAAUCCUACGCUCACCCGUUUGACCAGAUCUACUACACCAGAUGCACAGACAUCCUCAACUGGUUUAAAUGCACAAGGCACAGGAUCAGCUAUAAGACGGCUUACCGGCGGGGAGUGAGGACCAUGUAUAGGCGCCGCUCACAGUGUUGCCCUGGUUACUUUGAGAGCGGGGACUUGUGUGUUCCUCUGUGUACAGAGGAGUGUGUCCACGGUCGCUGUGUGUCUCCAGAUACAUGCCAGUGUGAGCCUGGAUGGGGUGGACUGGACUGCUCCAGUGCAAACACAGCCAAUGGAACAGGCUGUGAGAGUGACUACUGGGGACCUCAUUGCAGUAAUCGGUGCCAAUGCCAAAAUGGGGCUAAGUGUAACCCCAUCACAGGUGCCUGUGUCUGUACUGAUGGUUACCAGGGAUGGCGUUGUGAGGAGCCCUGUGAGCAUGGGUACUAUGGCAAGGCAUGCCAACUACCCUGCCAGUGUCUCAAUGGUGCCACCUGCAACCACGAGACAGGAGAGUGCAUCUGUGCACCAGGGUACACAGGGGCUUUCUGUGGAGAGCGGUGCCCCUCCGGUAGUCACGGGCCUCAGUGUGAGCAGCGUUGCCCCUGUCAAAACGGAGGAACAUGCCACCACAUCACUGGAGACUGUUCCUGCCCUUCUGGGUGGACGGGUUCAGUUUGUGCUCAGCCAUGCCCUUUUGGCAAAUAUGGCAUCAACUGCAGCAAGGACUGUUCCUGUCGUAAUGGUGGACUCUGCGACCACAUCACGGGGCAGUGCCAGUGCGCAGCUGGCUUCAGCGGACGCAGGUGUCAGGAUGACUGUCCAGUGGGCACCUAUGGUCCACAGUGUAACCAGAAGUGUGAGUGUCAGAAUGGAGCCAAGUGCCACCAUAUCAAUGGAGCCUGUCUGUGUGAAACUGGCUUUAAAGGCCCUAAUUGCCAGGAGAGAUUUUGUCCUUCCGGCCUAUAUGGCCUCAUCUGUGACAAGUACUGCCCCUGUAAUACCAGCAACACAGUAAGCUGCCACCCGCUUUCUGGUGAAUGCACCUGCUCAGCGGGAUGGUCAGGGCUGUACUGUAAUGAGACCUGCCCACCUGGGUACUAUGGAGUCGGAUGCAUGUUGCCUUGCAGCUGUGCCAACGGAGCUGACUGCCAUCCUGUCACCGGCUCCUGUAUAUGUGCCCCUGGGUUCAUGGGUGAAGACUGCGCUACAAUGUGCCCUCCUGGUCUAUAUGGACCAAGCUGCAUGUCCACCUGCUCCUGUCAUAAUCACGCAUCCUGUUCUCCAAUAGAUGGUUCCUGCAUCUGCAGGGAAGGGUGGCAGGGUGUGGAAUGCUCCAUCCUCUGCUCCAGCGGUACAUGGGGUCUGGGUUGUAAUCAGACAUGCUUAUGUGGGAACGGAGCUGCCUGUGAUCCUAUCGAUGGCAUCUGUACAUGUUCCCCCGGGUGGAGGGGCGAGCACUGCGACGAGUCCUGCCCUGAUGGUACUUACGGAUUGGAGUGCCGUGAGCGUUGUGACUGCAGCCAUGCUGAUGGCUGUGACCCUGUGAGUGGCUACUGUCGAUGCUAUCCAGGCUGGACAGGAAUCCACUGUGAUAAUGUGUGCCCACAAGGCUUCUGGGGACCCAACUGUUCAGUCAGCUGCUCCUGUCAGAAUGGAGGAUCCUGCUCUCCUGAGGACGGCACAUGUGUGUGUGCACCUGGAUACAGAGGGACCUCCUGCAAAAGAAUCUGCUCUCCAGGGUUCUAUGGGCACCGGUGCAGCCAGUCCUGCCCACAGUGUGUGCACAGCACUGGGCCGUGUCAUCAUGUCACGGGCCACUGUGAGUGUCUGUCCGGCUUCUCCGGCUCCUUGUGCAACCAAGUUUGUCCAAGCGGCAGAUAUGGGAGGGCCUGUGGCGAGAUCUGCCUCUGCACCAACAACGGCACCUGCAACCCCAUCGACGGCUCCUGCCAGUGCUUUCCAGGUUGGAUAGGAGAUGAUUGCUCUCAGGCGUGUCCCUCUGGGCACUGGGGCCCUGAUUGUCUCAACUCGUGUAACUGUCACAACGGAGCCCAGUGCAGUGCCUACGAUGGGGAGUGCAGGUGCAGCCCCGGCUGGACCGGACUCUACUGCACACAGCGUUGUCCUUCAGGUUUCUAUGGCAGGGACUGUUCUGAAGUCUGCCGAUGCCAGAACGGAGCAGACUGUGACCACAUCACUGGCCAGUGUGCUUGUCGAACAGGCUUCAUUGGGACGAGCUGUGAGCAGAAGUGUCCUGCUGGUACAUUUGGAUAUGGUUGCCAGCAGCUGUGUGAGUGCCUCAACAAUGCAACCUGUGACUAUGUGACUGGAACAUGCUACUGCAGCCCUGGUUAUAAAGGCAUCCGUUGUGAUCAAGCAGCUCUGAUGAUGGAAGAGCUGAACCCCUACACCAAGAUUAGUCCAGCGCGAGGCUCCGAGCGCCAGUCUGCAGGGGCUGUCAUGGGCAUCAUCUUUCUCCUCCUCAUCAUCAUGGCCAUGCUCAGUUUGUUUGUGUGGUACAGACAGAGGCAGAGGGAUAAGGGCCAUGAGAUCCAGCCCAGUGUGUCCUAUACACAAGCAAUGCACAUCACCAACACUGACUAUUCUCUGUCUGAGUGUGGCAGCACUGUAGCGAUGAGGUCCAGUGCUGCUGAGGUUAAUCAGAGCCAGAGCACCACCAGCAGCGGCCAGUGCUUCUCCAACCCCAGCUACCACACUGUGGCCCAGUGCAAUGUUGUCUCAACCAUCUCCAGCAACCUGGAUGGCACUCUGACCCUCAAAUCAAGCACCCUGAAAAGCAGAAAUGGCUCUGAAUGGAGAGCAUACUGCAAUCUCAAUGACCUAGAUGUUCAACAGGGGGAGACACAGACGCAGAGGGGCUCCAGAAAAGAUUACAUCAAGAGCUCCAUGUGCAGCAACAGCUCCUGUUCCCUGAAUAGUGAGAAUCCAUACGCCACCAUUAGAGACCCACCAGGGCUGACUUGCAAGCACACAGAGAGUAGCUAUGUGGAGAUGAAGUCCCCCUCCCACCGUGAAGUGCCCUUUGGAGGCACUGCCACCCUCCUGGGCAGUGCAAGCAGGAAUGUCUAUGAUGUUGAGCCGACGGUGAGCAUUCUGCAGGGACCCAACGGAAUGGCCACCGGCUUCUCUCAGAGCCCUUAUGACCUUCCCCGCACCAGCCAUAUCCCCAGCCACUACGACAUACUGCCCAUGCGCCACAGCCCCACACACACACCUCCGCCGCCCCCAGAAAGCCCCAGCUCCCUGCUCUAGACCACACACACACCCUGACAGAGCACUUGGGGCCUGUAAAGUUCAACCAACUUUCAACCGGUGGCCCGUCUUCUGUCUGUGUGUCGAAUUAGAUACUGAAAUGUUGAGAUGGAGGGACAGCCACAGCUCCUCUGGACCCUCUCUUUGACUCCCUCUCUCACACUCUUUCUGCGUUUAUGAAGGAGGGAGGGGAGGAAAGAAAGAGUGUACCACACACCAGCGACCAUUCACCUGUUUUAUUUUCCUAUAUAACUGAUCAAACUGCUGCCUGCCUGGCCUAUUUAUGGACCUUCUGAAGUGGAACCUAACGAAUCCAUACAGUGCAAAGGGUGGCACGCGUGGAUUGGGCGGCCAUAUUAUUUACAGAGAAAAUCUGUCCUUACUUGUUUUUAGCCCAUGAUAUAGGCUUACAAUUCAAGGGCAGCCAAGUGUUUAUAAUGUCUACUGAACAGAGAGGUAAUUUUCUCCAUAGGGAGUUAGGUAUAAUAAGCCUGGACAAGUCAAACCAGGCAAACAUUUAUUAUAUACUGAUAUCAGAGUUUAUGGUUUGUCCUUGUGUGCUGCAGCUGUGCAAUACAGCUGAGAUGAGGUAUUAUUGUGAGUGGUGAAAAAAUGUGCAGUUAAAGGCAGAACAUGGAAACAUAGCGAGUCUAAAUGAUGAAGCAUGGAUAAAUAGUAAAAUAAUGUAACAGUCCUUAGUUCACUGUUAUCCAGUAAAGGUCACACAGAUAAUACUUGUGAUCCCAGUCUGUAACAAAAGAGAUUUGUCUGAUUUUUAGUGUAAACGAGGCCACAGACUGCCAGUGAAUCUGGACCUGUGUCCAGGUCAGCAGAGUUCAUGCACUGUUGCAUUAAUGAGAUAUACAUGCACACAGCAGGCCUCAAGUUUGGAUUUCCCCCACUUGGAUGAAAUAAUCUGAGCUUGUGUUGUUUUCUAUGUGAAAUAAUUUUUUCUUGCAAAUGUCUUAGUUUACAUUUUUGAAAUACUGGGUGUUAAGAAGGGAUUGCUUUGACUUUUAUGUUUUGUAUUUAAGAAGAUAUUUGCUUUAUUUAUUAAUUUAUAUUAGUGAUGGUGACGUUUAUCAGCGUGACACUAGAAUUUAAAAAAGAAAAAAAAAGAUGAGCAUGAUCAGAUAAUGGAUACCCACUGAUGUAGAUAACACACAAUUUAUUAUGUGAUAUGAUCAGUGUCAUUUUGUGAACCAUUUUUGAAGAUACUUAAAUUGUUAUUUAUCUCUCACUCUUCUCUCUCUGUCAAAAUGUAAAUUCAGAUAAGGUUUCAUCUGACCAAGACAAGCAUACCCUGUGCAGAAAUCACAAAGGGAACCAUGUGUAAAAACUCCAUUUAUAAAAUAUUUUAUGUUUGUAUCAGGCUAAUUAGCUUCUUAAUUUAUUGAACUAAUCUUAUUCCUUCACUAUGUGAAUUCCAUUUCACCCUCUGUAGAAGCAAUAACAUGUUGACAAUCGAUGCCCAGACAGCAUUUCAUUAGUGCUGGACAUUAUGCCAUUUUUGACUGGUGUGUUUGACAGUGGAUCAUAUUUUAUGUGACUGUUUUUGCUCUAAGGAAGGUAUUUCCAGUUGCUGUCAUAUCAAUGCUGCUUGUUGUUUUGGUAAAUAAGUUUCAAAUUAAAAGCCUAUUCUGCCAUCAGAAACUUGUUUUAGUCAGGUCAAUACCUUGAAUAGACAGAAAGGAAAACGUGCCAACAUUUUUUGUGUCAGGUGGGGUAUUAGACACAAUGUGUUGGCCUUCAUCUGUUGCUUUUGAUAGUGAAAUGUCAUGACAGGCAAGUUCAAGUGUUGACAGGACUGUUUGAUGUUGUUGUGUGAACGAUUCCCCGGUAACAAACAAAUGAGAAAUGUUAAUCGUGUUUGUUACCGGCUGCUUACAGUUCCUGACCUACUUCUGCCAAGUGUCAGUACUAUCAAGGGUUGAUUGGUGGGGAAAUUACAGCCACGCUUAUUUUUGUAAACAUUUUCAGGUUAAGGAAUACAGUCAUUUGGUGCUUUUAUGCUAAACAGAUUUGUUGCUGCUAAGAUGCACCAUCGCACUGUACAUUUACUGUAUUUUUAUGCUUCAGUUCACAC